CUUCUCUCUCCUUCAUAACCCCCUCCUCCUUCCACCAGCUCUUGUUCUUUUCAUGAGAUGCAGAGCUAGGAAGCUAGGAGAGUAGCCCGGUGCUGCAGUUAUUCUAGAGAUAACUGUGGUCAGGCUGGCUGCCCUUCACACUCCCCGAUGUACCAGGAGGCGGCAGACCCUGUCAUUCAGGGCCUCGACGAGCCAUGCCCAUCAAGCACCUGCCAAAACCACGUAGCCACCACCAUGCUGACAGCUACAAGACAGAGCCUCUCCGAUCACACAAUUGGCAAAGAUCCACAGGCCGUGAGGACAGGUCAAAGGCAGAACAGAGGGAUGAGAACUCGCCUUGGAUGCCUGUCUCACAAAUCAGACUCAUAUAAUGAUUUCACAGCCAUUCUUCCGGAUAAGCCCAACCGGGCUUUGAAAAGAUUAUCAACGGAAGAAGCCACAAGAUGGGCAGAUUCUUUUGACAGUCUCUUGUCCCAUAAAUAUGGGGUGGCUGCAUUCCGCGCCUUCCUGAAGACAGAGUUCAGCGAGGAGAAUCUGGAGUUCUGGCUGGCCUGUGAGGAGUUCAAAAAGACCCGGUCAACAACCAAACUGGCAUCCAAGGCCCACAGGAUCUUUGAAGAAUUCAUUGAUGUACAAGCUCCUCGAGAGGUGAACAUAGACUUCCAGACACGGGAGGUGACAAGAAAUAAUGUGCAGGAGCCCUCACUAUCUUGCUUUGACCAGGCCCAGGGGAAAGUGCACAGCCUCAUGGAGAAAGACUCUUACCCCAGGUUCCUGAGAUCCAAAAUUUACACAGACCUGCUGACCCAAACCCAGAGGAGGCUCAGCUAGAGCAGAGAUGGGACCCUCAGAAACCAUAAGCUUCCCAUGGCAGCCAAAACCAUUUCCAAAUGUGAAACUUCAUUGGUGUUAAAAAAGCAGGGGUAAAAGAGGAACAGGAGAGAGAAAGGGGGAGCCCAUUUCAGAGUGUGACCCAAACGCAGUACUAAGACUCUUUGGAGAGUCUCUGUGUGUGUUUGGUUAGUGGUAGCACCUAUCAGUUUCUGGCCUAUUCAGGAUCAGAAAUAUGUUCUAUGUGGUGCACUGGGUCAUCUAUCAAGAAGGCAGGUUUCCCAAAACUUACUAUACUGGUUAGUUGGUAAAUAAUGCCAAUAUGAACUUCC